GCCCACUACACUUGAGCUUGUCAGCUUGUUCUCUUUGCUUCUCUCUCUUUCCUUUCACUCCGGCACUCCCUUGAGACUUUCACACCAAAAGCUACAGUUUUUCUGCUACUAUGGCUGGGAGAAAGAAAAGAAAGCUUAAAUUGUUAGCUGAAACAGUAAAUGGGGAUGAAAGAACAGCAACUGAGGAUGGGAAGGAGAGGUUGGAGCUACAAACAUGGUCUGAUCUUCCUGUAGAACUUUUGGAAUUGAUUAUGUCCCACCUAACGCUAGAGGAUAACAUUCGGGCAUCUGCUGUCUGCAAGAGGUGGCACAAAGUUGCAAUUUCUGUGCGGGUGGUGAAUCAAUCACCAUGGCUCAUGUACUUUCCAAAAUAUGGUCAUUUAUAUGAGUUCUAUGAUCCAUCAGAGCGUAAAACCUACUCCCUUGAGCUACCAGAGUUGCUUGGAUCCAGGGUUUGUUACACUAAAGAUGGUUGGUUGUUGCUCUACAGACCCAGAAAUCACCGUGUGUUCUUCUUUAAUCCCUUCACUCGUGAGAUGAUUAAGCUUCCCAGAUUUGAGUUGACAUAUCAGAUAGUCGCCUUCUCUUGUGCCCCAACAUCUACCAGCUGUGUGGUUUUUACAAUUAAGCACAUCAGUCCUACUAUUGUUGCUAUCAGCACAUGCCAUCCUGGGGCAUCGGAAUGGGCCACUGUUAAUCACCAGAAUCGCUUGCCAUUUGUUAGUAGCAUUUGGAACAAACUUGUAUUCUGCAGUGGAAUCUUUUAUUGUCUUAGUCUCACCGGUUGGUUAGGGGUUUAUGAUCCUCUGGAGCGUACCUGGAAUGUUCUUGCUGUGCCUCCACCGAGAUGUCCUGAGAAUUUUUUUGCCAAAAAUUGGUGGAAGGGCAAAUUUAUGGCAGAGCAUAAUGGAGACAUCUUAGUUAUCUAUACAUGUUGUACGGAGAACCCCAUUAUAUUUAAACUGGAUCAAUCAGAAAUGGUAUGGGAAGAAAUGCAAACCCUUGAUGGUGUGACACUAUUUGCAAGUUUCUUGUCAUCUCAUUCAAGAAUUGAUCUCCCUGGAAUCAUGAGGAACAGUGUGUACUUCUCUAAAGUUCGUUUCUUUGGAAAGCGUUGCAUAUCAUACUCUCUUGAUGACUGUAGAUACUAUCCCCGUAAACAGUGCUAUGACUGGGGAGAGCAAGAUCCCUUUGAGAACAUAUGGAUUGAACCACCCGAGGAUGCCUCAUCCUUCAUCUGAAGAACAGUAUUAGUACAAGUUUGUUACUUUUGUGGAGUGGGAUUAGACCCAAGUUAUUGCCUCAAUGGAGUUGGUUCUGGAGUUAGAAGUUUCAAUGAAGUUUGAGUUCAUGGAUUAUGGAAGGUUAUUUCAUUCCGCUGGAUGGAAAUUGAACAGCAAAGGAGUUGGAGUUCCUGAAAUUGCAAGCAUAUUUAGCUGCACUAUAUUAUCUUAUUCUUGGCACAUCUCUUAGGUUAUACUAAUCAUUCAAAUACAUUCAGAUCGAAUCUCUCCCUUUUUUUUUUUCGCUUUGAUACUGCUUUAAUGUCACUUCUCUUACGAAGUUGAAAUCAUAUAUAGUAAUGUUUUCAGUCAAGUGUGUUAACAUCA